CCCUUGUCUAUUUUCUGACAUUGACAAUCGGCACUAUUCAUGGAUGGAUGAAUGCUAUGGACAAAGAACUGAAUUUCAAAUGUCCCACUGGUACAGCUGUUUAUGAAAUUAACAGUAAACAUGACAAUUAUUUUGAGGAUAGGGUAUUUGAGAUACUUUGUCGACCAACUCGAAAAUCAUCUUCCGGAUGUCAAUGGACUGAUUAUGUCAACUCCUUUGAGCAAAUGUUUGAAUUUCAGUGCCCAAACCAAUCGGUUCUCUCUGGAAUGGAGAGUAUUCAUGACAAUACAGCAGAAGAUAGAAGAUGGAAAUUUUACUGUUGUUCUUUCCAAGGUACAUUAAGUGAAUGUCAGAAGUUGCCAAAAACUCAUUUAGAUUAUGCGUGGUCAUUGUAUGCACCAGACAACUUUGUAUUCCGAGGAGUAGCUAGUAGUCAUGACAAUAACUAUCAGGACCGAGAUUACACAUUCGAAAUAUGUCGCUUGGGGUAA